AUGUCAUCUUCAUUGGGUUUACAUAUUGUAGAUCCAAAAUUUUUAAGUGAUCAAGUAGAAGAUGUUCCUUCUAUCCUACCACCCAUUUCUCUCACAGCUCCACCUUCUCGACAUAAGCCUGCGAUGUCAUCUAUCUCUCAGGAUAAUCUUUAUUCUAAUCUCGCAACUUUCACUUUUGGUGAAGCUCGCUCAAUUUCAUCAGGCGACGAGUCACCAGACGCAAUCAGCCCACUCACUCCAAUAACCCGCACUGGCGCUAAUAGGACCCCUCGUCCAUCCGUUUCAACUUUUACCAGUCAUCCUUCGCAGGGUCUAGGACGCCCAGCUUCAAAUGCCUUUCCAUCAUCUUUGCGUUCUUCAAGAUCACACAGAACAGAGCAUACAGAUGAAGAAAGCAGCGAAGAUCCAUCAUCACCCGAUCUCCACCCGAGACAUGGUUUCCAAAGGGGUCGUUUGAUCCCAGACAACGUCAGCCAGCACACAUUCGGUCAACCAGCAGUGCGCUACUCAACCGCCUCGAUAACUUCCUCCCGCUCAAGCUCACGUGUAAGUCUCCGCUCAGACCUCCAGUUUAGCAGUGAUGAGGAAGUAGAGAUCGCUUCAUACAACGGAGGCUCCUCACCCGUCACUUUCGCCCGUGACCUCGAUAACAUAGAUGAGAAUGAGAAUAGCCCUGUCUUUCAUCCUCGUCCCCUCUUCUCAGAGCGCCGUCGUGGCAGCCUCCCAAUGGCAAUCCCAGGCGCAAUAUCAGAUGCAGUCAGCAAUCGUAGCCGCGAAGACAGUAUCCUCACCAUCCGUCGUCCAUCCCGUAGCCUCGACGACGAUUUCAUGCCUUCUCACACCGAGGAAGAUCCAGCUGCUGUCGCACCACGCAGUGAACCCCUCACUCGCGCUGAUUUUCGUUCACUCGAGGCUCAGGCACAACAGCAGCAGUCAGAAUCAGAUACAUGGGCAUCAGGUUGGGACCUGUCCUAUGUUCUCUCAAGAAAGAGCGAAGGAAGCAUUCAUUCUGUCCGAUCCACUGCACAGCUCUCCUUUCUCGCUCCUGCGCGCAACAGCACCAGUACAGGCGAACCAUCCUCCUCUCGUCUCUCCAACAUAUGGAAUGGCAGCGGACGCCGUACCAGCACCGGUACACUUCAAACUACCAAUAGCGGUGAAGAUACCUUUGCCAAGCACAUCGGCAUGUAUGACACUCAAAACCAGUGGGCUUUUUGGAAGGAAAAAGCAGAUGCACAGCCCGUCCCCAACGUACGCCGUCCAAAUGCCCAGGCAGGUGCCCCAGUGAUUAUGGACAAGACAAAGCGCACCAUGUACCCCGGCACGCAAGAAAUAUGGAGGAGUGGGCACGUCGGUCGAUUUCGAGUCGAUAGACUUGUUUUCAAACCAUCCACAGCAGACCCUGCCAAAGCUGCCCAACAGCGCAUCAACAUCCGGCAUAUCCCCGAUCCCUUCCUCAAGGGUCCUAAGACAAGCGGUCCGAGCACCGUCAUUCACAAGCAUUCUCGCGCAACCGCAUUCUCCAUAUUUCGCUCUUAUUCGCUUUUCACGUCUAAACGCGCUGGGACUGGAUCUCGCAAUAUCCAUAUGCACACGAGCGGGGGAAUCAUGCUCGCACCGAAGAAAGUACAGGAACAAUAUACGAGUACGAGAACGACGAGUAAACUCAUUACGCAUGGGCUACUUGAGGAUAGAUCUCGCAAAGCCAUCGGCAACGGAAGUGAUAAGUCACGUCGUGCUACGUUUCUUGAGAAGGAAAAACGGCGGGAGAAGGAAAAGGAGGACGCAAAGAAAGCAAAGGCGAAAGGAAAGGAAAAGAAGAAAGAAUCGAAGAAGAAUAACGACCGUGACCGCGCGAGUAAUCCGACUGAGAGUACGGAGUCGAGCGCAACGACGAGUAGUACGGGGAGCAUUAGCGCUUCUCAUGUGAUGUCUGCCCCUGCACGAGCUACGUCAUCCAAGAUCACGUUCGCAUCUUCGAUCGUGUCGCCUAGGUCACCUGUAAAGGCCCAGUCUACGAGCGGGCCUUCAUCACCAGAGACCUCAUCAACAUUCGAUCACUCCUUUAAGAAACUCCUUUCCUCCGAUUCCUCGACGAGCGUAGCGACCUCGCACAUCCGCAGCCAUCGGGACAGCAUCGACUCUGAUGAACACCUUCCCACACGUACGCCGCAUGCUGAAGCCUUCGGCACCCUCGACCCGAACGACAUCGAGCAUCUCCGGCGCGCCCAAAAGCCCACCGACGGCAACAGCAGCUUCGCGAAUCGAAUAUUCCGACGCUUCCGGGGCGCAGCUAACCGAGUAGACAACAUCACCCAACCAGUUGCGACAACCCAAAAUGCGUAUAGUCCACCGUGGAUCGUCACUGCUGGCAGAGACCAGAAUGAAGAACAUGUGCGUGUGCUCACGGAUUUGAAUAAUUCGUUUAGGGAUGUUGGGUUGUUGCAUACGCAACCAAGUCAUAGGACGGGUAAGGGGGGAGGGGCGAAGAAGAGGGCGGUGACGCAUGAUGUUUUUGAUUAUGUCCCGGAGGACUCACUUUAUAUGCUUCUGCCACUUUGGGCGGGGGAGACGGAUCCGGGUGCGGGAGGUGGCGUGGGGAGUGGGAGCAUCAUGGCGGGCAGCAGCAGCAUCAGCGAAGAUAGCACCACCUCCACAACUGCGACGGCCGCUACGACGGCCACGAGCGCCACACUCACAAUCCCUGAAGACCGCCAAUUCCUCCUCGUCUGGUACGUCCCCUUCGAAGAUAAGAACAAAAACACUUCCUCCUCUAAUUCCAACUCCAACUCCGCGUCCUCAUCCGUCAACAAGAAAAAACUGAAACAAACGAAUUCGACGAGCGACACCGACGCCGAAUCUAACCAAAAGAAUAUUUAUUUGAGAAAUUUUCGGGUUAAUGCGCGGUUGGUGGGGUAUGAUGAAUUGAGGGGGACGGGAAUUAGGGUGCCUAGUGAUGGGUUGGCGGUUGGCGGACCUGCUUUGGAUGCUGGGGGUCCUGGUGGGGUGCGGAAUCGGGAAGAACCAGAAUCACAGCCGGGACUAGCAUCCCAGUCAGGGACGGGGACAGCGCUCGGAAUCGAAACUGUCAUCUGCAUGUGUAGCUCGCGCGAAAACGGGUUUCAUUUCCAGCCCGAAGGACUGUGCAAGCUUGGUUUGUGUCUCCAAGAAGAGGUGGUGUUGCCUGCUGCUAAUAAUCCUCGGGCUAUUUAUUUGGAGAUUCCGACAUCGGAGAUGAAGCAUUUGUUGACGCCAGUUGGGAGGGCUGCUGUUGAGAUGGUUUGGUUGGGGUGUUUGGCUAUUACAAGUUUCGGGCCGUAUUGA